UGUUGGUUAUUGCGGAUAAUGUCGUGCUGCUGUUGUGACGUUAAGCGGUUUUCCCACAAAACCACGAGUGUGCGUUUGAAAGAUUGAGAGAAAACGCGAAACCUGCGAGACCUGGUGAAACGUCGGAGUCCUCUGCGAUCAUGGCCGCUGCCGUGAGCUCCAAUGUGGAGAAUCUGUCGCCGCAGAUUAUCCGCCGGGUCGCCAAGGAAAUGGCAGAACUGGUCAGCCAACCACCCGAGGGUAUCCGCGUCAUUCUCAACGAGGCGGACGUUACGGACAUCCAAGCUGUCAUCGAAGGCCCGUCGGGAACUCCCUAUAAUGGUGGCUUCUUUAGAAUAAAAUUGGCUCUUGGAAAGGAUUUCCCUCAAGGACCACCAAAAGCAUACUUCCUCACAAAAAUCUUUCAUCCUAAUGUAGCAAAAAAUGGCGAAAUUUGUGUUAAUACUUUAAAGAAAGAUUGGAAACCAGAUCUCGGAAUACAACAUAUAUUAUUGACCAUAAAAUGUUUGCUAAUAAUGCCAAAUCCUGAAUCUGCUUUGAACGAAGAAGCUGGCAAGUUGCUUUUAGAAAGUCAUGAUGAAUAUGCGGAGCGAGCUAAGAUGAUGACAGAAAUACAUGCACAAGGAGCUGGAAAAGGGAGCAAGGCUGGUUUAGAAAGCUGUGCAGAAGCAGGAGGACCUCUUCCAAAAAAGCACGCAGGCGACAAAAAACUAACGGCAGAAAAGAAAAAGAUGUUAAAAGAUAAAAAGAGAACACUGAAAAGAUUAUAAGGUUAUUUAUCUGUAUUUUGUAAUUUAAAAACACUGGUGUGGUAAUGUUGCCUCAUUGUAUACAACUAUUGCAUAGUAAAAUUUUAUUAUUGAAAUUUACGUGUGAUUGACCUUAUUAUUAGAUAUUUAGAGACGUUAAUUAUUUCUAAUGUGUAAAAACAAACCGAUCUGCAUAUUGUGUAUAAAAAGGGAGUACAAUUCUGUAGUGAUCUCUACAAUCACAGACUAGUAGGACAGUCUGCUCUAUGCUAUCUCUAUUAUAGAUAUUUUUACAUAUGUACAAAAUAUAUUACAUAAUGUGAAUUACAUAAGUACAAUAAAGAAAACGUGUCUUCUA